AUGCGACUGGCCUCAUCUACUCAUUGCAAUUGCUCUACCGCCAAGCUGUUUUCCAAACUCACUUCCUAUAUCACCCCUUCGAACAGAACGAUGCCUCCCCCAGUUGAGGAUGUGUCUGACGAGGAGACUGGCGAUAUUCCUUUCAACAAUGCAGCAAAGGCCGACGAUAAGCAAGAGGAUAGUGAUAAGCAAGAAAGCGACGCCGAUGAUGACGAGGACGAUGAAAACUAUGUUGUGGAGAAGAUUGUUCGACACGAUUGGCUUGACGAUGGUACACUAAAGUUCUUCGUGAAAUGGCAAGGAUACUCCGCCAUCAAAGACCACACAUGGGAGGAAGAAGAGAACCUGAUGGAGGGAGCUUCCGAGAUCCUGAAUGCAUACUACAAAUCGAUUGGUGGUCGCCCAGAGAGGGCCUCGGAGAAGCCGAAGCCAGGCCGCAAGCGCAAGUCGAUGGGCGACGCAAGCUCCAAGAGUGCGACCCCGUCUAAGGCCGCAGCACCUCCAGCCAAGAGAGGCCGAAAGUCGGCAGCGGCGAAACUGGCGGAGGCUGAGACUCCGGAUAGCUCCGUCGCACCCGAGGAUGACCAAGGCUGGCUGCCAAAGGGCAAGUGGGAUAAGGACCUUAAGGAAGUCUCUACCAUUCAACAAGGAAGACACGGUGAGGGUCUGUUCGCAUAUCUACUGUUCAACAAUGGCAAAACUGCCCGUGUGAGCGUUCAAGCAUGCUAUGACAAGUGUCCUCGAAAGAUGCUCGAAUUCUACGAAAAACACCUUGUCUUUAAGACGGAGAAUGACGACUAA